CCAGGAGCUUCAGCAGCAGGUUGGUUAGGAAGCACGCGGGACUCCGCCCUCGACUCUAAUAGAAUCUGCUGGAUGUUGAACCUCCAACAGACUGACGUCACUGCAUCCCGCCGGUCCGUUGUGUUCAGACUGUUCCGUCUCGGUUCCGAUCAAACCUGCUUAUGACUGAGUAUUAAAGCCGGAUUACGCCGUCAGGUGAGGCUGGGAGAAGUCACGUGACUGAGGACCUGUUUGAUCUCCUCCCGCAGGAAGAUUUCGUUUUUAGCGGUUCGGUUUCUUCUGCGUCCUCCGCGUCUUUCAAACUGUUUUCUGGUCCAGAGGAAAUCCCGCGUCUGAUCCUCAGGAAGUCGGGAGACGUGCCGAUUUACUUCCGGUGGAUCAGCGCUCCUUCCCCCAGUCAGGUGAUGGACACUCAGAAGGAAGCCCUGCAGCGCAUCAUCAGUACACUCACCAACAAGAAGGAGGAGCUCCAGCACUUCCUGGAUUCCAUCGAUGGCUCUCUGAGCGGCCUGGAGGAGGAGUCCUGUAAGGCGAUGGUGGAGCUGGAGGCGGAGCUUGAUCAGCUACGGUCUUCCUUGGAGGAAAGAGGCGCUCAGCUGUGUGAAAUGAUCAAAGAGGAGGAGCAGAGAAAGAAGGCGGAGCUUAAGCGGCAGCGUUCUGAGGGGGCGUGUGCUCUGCGGUCCUGUGACGACCUGCUCGCCUUCUCCAAUCAGACUCUGACGGUUUCAGACGAAGAAGAGUUCCUGACGGCUGCCAGACUCAUCAAGGAGCGGGUGACGAUGGCGCCGGCGUUCCGGCUGACCACGCGGCCGUGUGUUUCCGAGAGCAUGUCCCAGUAUGCAGUCGACUUCAGCGCUGAGAGGGAGGGGCUUCACAAGCUCCACUUCCUGCCAGUCCCCAGAGCGCCUGAGAUCGACGUCUCUGGCUGCAGCGUUCAGGACAACGCCGUCCAUGUGGCGUGGCGCUCGGCGGCGGAGGCAGACGCUGACGGCUGCUGGCCGAUCCAACGCUACGAAUUGGAGUAUCGGAAGACCACCCAUGGGAGCGCACUGGUGGGCGGAGCCUGCUGGGAACGAAUCUGUGACAUCACAGAAACACAGAUCAUCAUCUCAGGUUUGAAGUUCGACUCGCCGUUUGUUGUCGUUCGAGUUCGAGCGACGAACAAAGCAGCAGCUGGGGAAUUCUCCGAGCCGGUUGCCCUGGAAACCAGAGCAUUCUCCUUUGGUUUCGACGAGGCGACGGCGCACGCCGACCUCCGG